AUGUUUAUUCUUGCCUUUUUUUUGGAACAGAUGGAUGCAACCACUCCAAAAUACUCCAAGGCAAGGUAUGAUGAAAUUAUCAAGGAAGUUUCAUCUUACUUGAAGAAGGUCGGUUACAACCCUGACAAGAUUCCCUUUGUUCCCAUCUCUGGAUUUGAGGGUGAUAACAUGAUUGAGAGGUCCACCAACCUUGACUGGUACAAGGGCCCAACCCUCCUCGAGGCCCUCGACCAGAUCCAGGAGCCCAAGAGGCCCUCAGACAAGCCUCUGCGUCUUCCACUUCAAGAUGUGUACAAGAUUGGUGGUAUUGGAACCGUCCCAGUGGGUCGUGUUGAAACUGGUGUGAUCAAGCCUGGUAUGGUUGUGACUUUUGGUCCAACUGGACUGACUACUGAAGUUAAAUCGGUCGAGAUGCACCAUGAAGCUCUCCAGGAGGCUCUUCCUGGUGACAAUGUUGGGUUCAAUGUUAAGAAUGUUGCCGUGAAGGAUCUGAAGCGUGGUUAUGUUGCCUCAAACUCCAAGGAUGACCCUGCCAGGGAGGCUGCCAACUUCACCUCCCAGGUCAUCAUCAUGAACCAUCCUGGGCAGAUUGGAAAUGGUUAUGCCCCUGUUCUUGACUGCCACACCUCUCACAUUGCUGUUAAGUUUGCUGAGCUCCUCACCAAGGUCGACAGGCGAUCCGGUAAGGAGCUGGAGCAGGAGCCAAAAUUCUUGAAGAAUGGUGAUGCUGGUUUCGUGAAGAUGAUUCCAACCAAGCCCAUGGUGGUUGAAACUUUCUCCACUUAUCCUCCACUUGGUCGCUUUGCUGUGAGGGAUAUGCGCCAGACUGUUGCUGUGGGAGUCAUCAAGAGUGUUGAGAAGAAGGACCCCACUGGUGCUAAGGUUACCAAAUCUGCAGCCAAGAAGGGCAAGUGA